UCUAUCUAUCUAUCUAUCUAUCUAUCUAUCUAUCUAUCUAUGCAGUUACAUAUUUCUGCAAUUUCAUUCAUUUCCCCUAAGUGCCGCUGUUGAUCAGUGGGCAAAAGCAAAAUAAGGCUUUUUCUUCCAGUGACGUCCUCCCUUUUCUGUCUGUGAUACCAGGGCUCAGACUAGCUUGACAAAGGCACAAAAGCAUUAAGCAAUGGACUCUUAAUCAAAUACUUUUCUUAGAUUUUCAGAGCUUUUCCCACUUGGAUUUUGGGAACGCUCUUGUCAUGAUGAGCUACAGCUGGAUCUCCAAAAACCCACCAUUGUCAUGGUGGCCGCUGUUCGUCUGCGUUUUUGUCGCAGAAAUGGCUCUCGGGCAGGUCCGUUAUUCUAUACCUGAAGAGAUGUCGACGGGCUCUGUUGUCGGGAAUAUAAUUCAGGACCUGGGCUUGGAUGUUAAACGUCUGACAUCGGGGCGGGCUAGGAUAUUUACCGAGGACGGCAGUGAGUACAUAGGUCUGAACGCAGAAAAGGGAAAUUUGGUUGUGGCAAAAAGGAUAGACAGAGAAGAACUGUGCAAGCAACUGUCUCCGUGCUCUCUGUAUUUCCAGAUCAUCCUAGACAAUCCAAUGGAGCUGCAUCGAAUUGAUGUUGAAAUUACAGAUAUUAACGAUAACGCUCCGUUGUUUUCGAAGAAAGAAUAUAAUUUCCAAGUUAGUGAAUCUGCCUUACCGGGGGCUCGCUAUUCGCUGGAGAGUGCCAAAGAUCCCGAUGUAGCGCACAAUACUAUUCAAACAUACAAACUAAAUCCGACAGACCAUUUUAAAUUGAAUAUUAUUUCUCGGCCUGAUGGAACAAAGUAUAUUGAAAUGGUUCUGCACACGUCGCUUGACAGAGAAAAACAAGAAGAGCAUAAAUUAACUCUAACAGCAUACGAUGGUGGCAAUCCUCAAAAAUCCAGUUCUGUCAAGAUCAAUGUCCUUGUUUUAGAUGCAAAUGAUAAUGCACCUGUAUUUAGUCAGUCUGUUUACCGAGUAACAGCUUCUGAAAACGCGAAAAAGGGAACUGUUUUACUAAGAGUCAGCGCUACUGAUAAUGAUAAAGGAACGAAUGAAGAGGUAGUCUAUUCAUUUUCUCAGCAUACCGACAGUGCAUCAUCCCUAUUUAAUAUGGACCCCUAUACCGGCGAAAUGACUGUUAUUGGUGUCUUAGAUUACGAAAAAACUAAACACUACGAAAUUGAUAUAGAAGCUACAGACAAAGGGGGGCUGACGGACACCAGUAAAGUGUUAAUAGAGGUGACAGACGUAAAUGACAAUGCCCCCAUAAUCAGCGUCAUUUCCCUCUCCAACCCCAUACCAGAGGAUUCAGCCCCAGAGACUGUUAUAGCAAUGCUCAAUAUCAAAGAUCUAGACUCAGGUAAAAAUGGACAAAUUAAGUGUUUCAUUAACCCAGAUUUACCUUUCAAAAUCAAAUCGUCGUCCAUUAAUUUUUAUAGCCUGGUGUCCGAUGACAUUUUGGACCGGGAAACUGUACCUGAAUAUAAUAUAACAAUAACAGCGAUGGAUGAAGGCUCCCCACCUUAUUCUACUAACAAAACGAUUAAUUUAAGACUCUCCGAUGUAAAUGAUCAUGCUCCAGAGUUCCCUCAACAGUUUUUCACAGCUCUGAUCACUGAAAAUAAUUCACCUGGCAUGUCAUUUUUGUCUGUCAAAGCCAGUGACAAAGACUCUGGGAAUAAUGCGCGCAUUUCUUACUUUCUUGAAGAUAGUCAGCUGAAUGGGAUGUCAGCUUCAGCGUAUUUUUCAGUGAAUGCAGAGAGUGGAGAUAUACUAGCUGUGCGUUCUUUUGACUAUGAGCAAAGAAAAGAGUUCAAAAUCUGCAUUAAAGCUCAGGAUGGAGGCUCCCCUCCACUCAGUAGUAAUGUGACAGUGAGAGUUAUGAUCCAGGACCAGAAUGACAACGCCCCUCAGGUUCUCUACCCAGUCCAGACUGGUGGCUCUCUGGUGGCUGAAAUGGUGCCUCGUUCAGCAGAUGUGGGCUAUCUGGUCACUAAAGUGGUGGCUGUUGAUGUGGACUCUGGACAGAAUGCCUGGCUCUCCUAUAAACUGCAGAAAGCCACAGACAGGGCGCUGUUUGAGGUGGGCUUACAGAAUGGAGAAGUAAGAACUAUCCGCCAAGUCACUGAUAAAGAUGCAGUCAAACAAAGACUGACUGUUAUAGUGGAGGACAACGGACAGCCCUCUCGUUCAGCUACAGUCAUUGUUAACGUGGCGGUGGCGGACAGCUUUCCUGAAGUGCUGUCUGAGUUCACUGACUUUACACACGACAAGGAGUACAAUGAGAACCUGACUUUUACUUAGUGUUGGCUUUGGCUGUAGUUUCCUUCCUCUUCAUCACGUGUGUCGUGGUCAUUAUAUCAGUGAAAAUCUACAGAUGGAGAAGAGAGCGUCUGUUGUACAAAUCCAGUGGGAAUCUUCC